AUGGGGGGUGACAGUGACAGCAGUGACCUGGAUGAGGAGCUGCCAGUGUUUGCCUUCCUCCAGCCAAGUGGGCACUCCAGCCAAAAGAAACCAGGCACAGGUGGAGCUGAUGCUGAACUAUCAGCCGUCUCGUCCCUUAAGGCCGGUGAUCCAGGGGCACACACUGGAAGAGCUGCUAAUAUAAUGACGAUUAGCAGUGAUUCAGAUGACGACGUGUCUUACGUUCCUCUGUCGGAGAGACUCAAACACAGGCAGGACAGUUUGAUUAACACCUCCUCUGCUGUCCCCAGUGGUAAAGGUGCUGAGUUUUGUUUGUCAUCUGAACAGACCAGCUCACGACAGGUGAAACAAACAGCCCGAGCAGAGUCUGAGGAUGCUUCUCUCAGUCUUUUCUCUCCUGCCAUAAAGAAAGCAACCAAGAGAACAGCAGAGGCGAUCCGGGCUUCCAGUGAGGAGGCUGUGAAGCAGAGGCAGCUUCGAAACAGUCAGCAGCAGGAAAAGGAAACUCUCAAACGAGAACAAGAAAGGGCAAAAGCAGAGAGGAGAGCUCUCGCAGAGGCUGUCAAGGCCCAGAGGCCAGAGGAAUGCAUCAAACACAUGGUGGUGGCUAUUGAUCCAGCUCUCCUGCAGUUGGAAGGAGGUGGGGCUCUGCUGGCAGCAGUUCAAGCUCUGGGUUGCAGCUGCACCACCGAGAAACAAGCCCUCCCCCGAAGCGUUAGCUGGGCACGGAGAGCUCCAUGCGCUCAGCUAGCUGAAGGAGUGUGUGUACCAAAGGCCCAUGUUGUGAUGCAGAUGACUGUGGACAACUUUAUCACCCUCGUCCAUAACUAUAUCCAGGAAACAAGGCAUGGCAGGUCAGCCUGUGGGCCCACCCUGACUACCUGGGUCCAGCAGCAGCAGAGGAAGCUCCCUGCCAAAGUCCUCAGCCUGGCAGUGAUCGAGCUGGAGCAGUACUUCAGAGUGAAGAAGUCUAAAAACCAUAAGAUGUUCAGAGAGUCUGUUGAAGGGGAGGAGACAAAGGGAGGAAAACCAAAGAAAAAACACAAGAAAGAUGGUGUCGAGUUGUUACCUGAGGUUUCCAGAGUUGAUGUAGAGGAGGCACUGGUGCACCUCCAGCUUCACACCAAUGUCUCGGUCCAUUUCUUAUCAACGUGGAAAGAGUUCUCAGAUUACGUUGCUAUGACAACCAAAGCAGUUGCGGAGGCACCUUUCAAGAGGGAGCGAGACAAGACCGGCUUCUCCUUCUGCCUGGAGAGUGAGUGGGCGGGUGGCCAGCGGGUCGAUAGAGCUGGUAAAGGUUUGCUGCAGGUGUGGAAGAGACAGAUUCAGCAGCUCAACAGAGUCAGUCCAGACAUGGCUGCUGCUGUCCUGGCAGCUUAUCCCUCGCCCCAGCUGCUCAGGAAGGCUUACAGUCAGUGCAGGACUGAGAGCCAGAAGGUUUCUCUCCUUUCUGAGCUUGUGAUCCGUCGAGGAGAAGGCAUCACCUCCACAAGUCGCAGAGUAGGCCCGGAGCUGUCCAAACGUCUCUACCUGAUGAUGCAUGCCUGGAACCCUGAACACAUCCUGGAUGCCAGUCUCUGA